AUGGUGCAGCGUCUAUUUAUCGUUCUCGCUCGGGAGCCAAAACGAACACGCCUGCUACCUACUGUACUGGACCUUCGACCAGGCAUUAUACCCUUGUCAAAUCGGAACCAACCACCAUUGUAUUGCGCUCGAACAGUUGAGCGGCCGCCGGCCAACAACUUCCGUACCGUACACAGAUAUAGAUUCAUUCUUCGUACCUGGUCCAACUUCACAACCCUUCGCGGGUUGGUCAGAAGUCAGUCUUGUUUGGUAAGACUAUUGAACAAAGCAAAGAAAAGAGAGUGCUCGACCGGAACAACGGCCAACAAAGACCGUAAUUACAUAGAUAACAGCUCCUCCCUUUCUCCGGCUUUAAGGCGAACCAUAUGGCGGCUGGAAAGAAAGACAACCUCACCUUCUCGUAGAUGGUGUCAGUGA